UGAACUUUUUGUAGGUCAUUUUUCUUAAGUGACAGUGCUAUAUUAGCCUGGAUUAACGUGAUAGGGAGAGGUGGUCUUAAUCCGAAGAUAAAGAACACCAAACAAAAUCUACAUCUGAGCCACUGCUACAUCUGAGACGACGCUUGCACAAGAUGGGGUCUAAAUUUGUCGACGAUGCUGUGGCAGCCCAUAAUGUCUAUCGCUCUAAACACAAGGUCGGUCCUCUGACCAAAGCCAAGGAUCUGUGUGAAUACGCCCAAAAAUGGGCGGACAACAUUGCCAAGUCUGGAAACUUCAGGCACAGUGACUGCAUGCACAAAGGGGAGCGUCUCGGAGAGAACAUCGCCAUGAAGUACACGUCUUCUGGAGACCCGUUCACAGGCCAACAGGUGACUGACCAGUGGUACAGUGAAGUAGCCAAGUAUACAUUUGGGAGUGACUUCUCCAGCGGAACAGGACAUUUCACCCAGGUGGUAUGGAAGGGCAGCAAAGAAGUUGGACUUGGUCAAGCCAAAGCCAAGGACGGCAAAAUCUUCGUGGUGGCUAGCUAUCGUCCAGCAGGCAAUAUGAUGGGACAGUUUAAAGACAAUGUAUUCAAGCCAGACGGACCCAUCGUUCUGCCUAAAAAAGAAGAACCUAAACCUAUGACAUUCAGAAGUUUUGGAGGAGCGGACGGUAGUCCAGGAGACUCGGGGAUGACGCGGAUCGUCCACACAAAGACAAUGCCUACCACAACCUCAACGCAGAGAACUGUUCGCACUGUAACCAACCAGGGCGGUCCUCAAACUGUCUCCAGGAUGGUUGUCACUGAAACCAAGACUGGCCCGAAUGGUGAAACAAUUACGACGACAAAAGAGACGAUCAAUGGGAAAGAGACCACUACAACCAAGGUCACCAGGAAGGGAGAGUCAGAGAGACUGAAAAACUUACAUUUGGACGAAGACGUUACCGGGAACAAAUAUCUACCUACGAAUGCUUGGGAGUCGUCUAACAACCACGUUCCGGCAAAGCCCAAACCAUGCAAGCAAAGUUCCAACGAAUUCAUAGACGACUGCGUGCGAGCGCACAACCACCUCAGAGCGAGACACGGUGCGCCGCCCUUGAAACAUAAUCCAGAUCUAUCUGCGCACGCGCAAAAAUGGGCAGAGCACUUGGCGGAGUUAAACGUCAUGAAGCAUAGUAAAAGUACAUUCAAAGGAGUGAAGCCGGGAGAGAACGUGGCCACACGCUGGUCUAGCGACGGAGGUGCCUACACAGGAAAAGAUGCUGUCGCUCAGUGGUACAGUGAGAUUAGUAAAUAUGACUUCAAGACAGCGUCACGUUGUCUUACGGCAGGCCAUUUCACUCAAGUUGUGUGGAAAGGAAGCAAGGAAAUCGGUGUAGGGAGAGCCGUGGGACAAGAUGGACGCGUAUAUGUCGUAGCUAACUAUCUUCCGCCGGGAAAUAUGCUCGGCGCUUUUAAAGAAAACGUGCUGCCGCCAAAUUCAGUUCCGUCCAAUGUUGUCAGUUUUGGCUAGAGUAAAAUCCUAUUUAAAGGUAUGCAGAAAGAUAAACUCAACCAACACCUAACAUCCACUGCCAACAAGAUGAGCAAACGCCAUUAAAAAGAUAUAACCAGACAGAGAACAAUGUGACCGUGGUCUUACCAAGUGAGAUUGAAGACAGGUGAUUGCGCUGCAACUGAAGGGCCUUUGACCUGGUCCUCGCUGGCUCUUGCUCAAUCCUGAGUUAAAGAUGUACAGUGUAAGAUUUUCCCGUGGAAAGCUCAUGCUUAACGAUUUUCUUGGGCGAUUUUUACGCCCCUUUUCUCUGAAUUACCAACCUCUGGUCCCUCUUUUCUGACACGAGACAUAACUCCGCAACAACAUGGGGAAAUAAAAAAGUCCUUAGCCCACACUUAAGCGAUCGUGUUUCAAAAUCAUCAUCCCUUCGAGCUAUAUUCUCGCACUGACUUUCGGUUGCCUACGAUGAAAAACUGUGUGAAGGUUGACGGGCGGAAACGUUCCUACGCAAAAAAAUUAAUCUGGGUAUUUUUGCGACGUUAAUUUAUGGCAUUUAACUGUUAAAAUUGUCAAAAAAAGUAUUACUUGUUCUCAGAUUAGUUCAUCACGAAGUGGUAAAGGUACACUCCAUGGGUUU